GGCUUUCACCAUGAACAGACAGGCGCGCUACUUUGUCCUGCUGGCCUCGACUGGUCUAACUCUGAGGCGAAAGCUGAACUAAAGAGUGGUGAGAUCAUCGUGACUGGAGACCAGUGGCCGUUGUUCUUGUACGCAGACUACCAUUAUGAUCCCGAGGAUCCAUGGAAUGGUCUGUUUCGAAGCGCCUUGCUAGUUUGUGCAUACAGAUACGUCUUCACGUCCCCCAGUUCUGUGGACAAA